AUGGUCAACUCUUGUUGUGGCUCCACCUGCUCUGAGGAGGGCUGCUGCCAGCCCAGCUGCUGCAGGCCCCACUGCUGCAGGCCCCAGUGCUGCACCUCUAGCUGCUGCCGCCCCAGCUGCUGUGUGUCCAGCUGCUGCAGGCCCUGCUGCCAGUCUGUGUGCUGCCAGCCCUGCUGUCGCCCCAGCUGCUGCCUCCCUACCUGCUGCAUCUCCAGCUGCUGUAGGCCUUGUUGCCAGCCCAGCUGCUGCCGCCCCAGCUGCUGCAUCUCCAGCUGCUGCAGGCCUUCUUGCCAGUCCGUGUGCUGCCAGCCCUGCUGCCGCCCCAGCUGCUGCCGCCCCAGCUGUACUAGCUCCAGCUGCUGUGGCUCCAGCUGUUGCCGCCCCAGCUGCUGCAUCUCCAGCUGCUGCAGGCCCCAGUGCUGCACCACCAGCUGCUGCAGGCCCCAGUGCUGCAUUUCUAGCUGCUGCAGGCCCCAGUGCUGCAUCUCCAGCUGCUGCAGGCCUCAGACCACCUGCUGCAGGACCACCUGCUGCAGGACCACCUGCUGCCGCCCCAGCUGCUGCACUGAUUCCUGCUGCUGA